AGAUACGAUAAGACUGAAAAGAAAAGUAGCGAAACACUCGACAGCCACUGCUCUCCAAAGUUCUAAGCUGCGAGCUUCUAUAGACAUAGGCGCUUUCUUCUCCAAGAGUUCUGUAUUAUUUUCCUUCAACGAAGAGAUCCUCAAGUCAACCCCGUCGUGUCAAGCGUGACGAUUGCAAGAAGAUAGCUGAGAACGGAUAAAAGUGAUUAAGCCAGUCCAGUUUUUUACUGGGACUGUACAAGCGUGUGAGUAAAGUUGACUGGGGAAUGGAUAAUAAAUCCAGCAAUUGCUGUAAAUUGGAGAAUUCGCUUGAAGGGGAAGCAUAGAAAGCAACAGAAAAGACUUUUAUUUUGUUAUAACUUUGAUGGUAGAAAAAACUUCGAAUAACAUAUACUUUUAAAUGCAAAAUCUUCAUAUUAUCAUCGGUCGGUUUUUUGAAAGAAAAUAAAAUAAAAUGAUAUAAAAUUAUCAUAAUGGAAAGAUUUUUUAUUGAUAAAAACAACAGUGAUUAUCGCAUUAUUCAUGCUUUAUGAUGUAUCAUCAAUUUCAAUGGUACAAUAAUAAUCCGAUUUUUUAUUUUUAAAAAUUAUUAAAAUUUACAAAAAAAUAAAAUAUUUGAUUUAAAUAUUAAAAGAAAUUUUUUGAUAAAUUCAUCGAACGAUUUGUAUUUGUUGAAAGUAUUGUUCAUAAUGAGUAUCACUGAUGUAAUCUAUUUCAGAUAAAAUCGCUAGAUAAGAGUCUCUGUGAACAGAUCAUAUAUAAAAGUUUAAAUCAUCCGUUCACGCGAUGGCAUACUUAGGUGAUUAUAGAAAUUUGUGGAUCACUACUCUGGCUGUAUGACUUUAGUAUAUGACGAGUAUUUAUUAGUGCAUGGAUGGUCUUCGCAGCGUGUAUUUGCACGCAAGAGUAAUAUUACCAUUCAGUACGCUUUGAAUGUUAGUCCCAGUAAUUUCAGUAUCUAUCGUAAAUAAUUUUCAAAACUUCGUGUUUGUUAUGAUGUAAUUGUGAAUCAGUUUUAUAAGUGAAUUUAAUUUUAAAUAAUUUGACUGUUUCAUAACUUUUUAUUCAUAACAAUAUCAAAUAGUUAUCAUUCGAUGAUAUAUAAUAUUCAAAACAAAAAUAUUUAUAAUGUAAUAUAAAUUUAUAAAAAAUAAUAUUUUAAAUGUGAAUUAUAACGCAUUAUAGCAUAUAAAUAUAAAUUAAAUUUAAAUGCUUGCUAAUUUUAAUUAAAAAAUAAUAGUUUUAAAACGUGACAGUUACAGGGUGUUGGCCUACGCGUGUGUCAACCCAUUGAUUUCGUAAGCGCACGUGUACAAAAAUUGAACGUUUAACCUUUUCUUUUUUUAAAAAGAAAAGAAAUGUGUUUUAGUUAUUUUUAUAAUGACUUCUUUUUUCCAUAUAUAUUUUUAAUAAGAAUAUAACUACUAGUAAGAUUUUACUUUCAUAAUAGCUUUCGCUUUUUCUUACUUCAUUGAGAGUUUCUUGGAAGACCGAGUUUCUCGUUUUACUAUUUGUCUAAAGAAGUAUUAUGCAUGUAUACACAUCGUAUACAUAUAUUUGUUUGUUUGUGUGAAAAAUCAACUCGCACGCGGGCAAGAUGGCUGCAGGUACUCCAUACUCGUCGAUUGGACGCAUCUGUUUUUGUCUUUGUCUCUUCGCAAUUACAGUAAUCUGUCACGAACAAAUAUCCCCGGGUAGUCGGUAUUACAGUCGUGAUGGAGUAUAUGUGCCUCUAAAUGGACCGGAUCAUCGAACCGAGACUUAUGUUUACAAAGACAGAAGGUAUGGAUAUCGUCCUAGUUAUUUGGACGUUGUUUACAAAGAACAUGCCAAAGCACCGGAGAAUCGAUAUCUUUAUGAGGACACAACUUCAAGAUUUCCUUUACCUGGAGUGUUAAGUGGUUGGCGAGAAGAUCUUCAAGGAAGAGAGAGACCUGACUCUAAAAAUCUACAUAGAGAUGUAACUGUGAGCACAAAUUAUGGACAAGUGCAAGGGUUUAAAGUUUAUUUAUAUGAUAGUCCUCAAGCAAGACAUAGACCUUGGAAUUUACCAGUUGAAAGAGUUACAAAGCAUGUUAAUGUAUUCCUUGGUAUUCCUUAUGCUAUGCCACCUACAAAGGAAGGACGUUUUAAACCACCUAGACCUCAUAAAGGUUGGCAACUAUUACAAGCUGUGGAUUGGGGACCAGCUUGUCCUCAGCCUAGUGCAUAUACUGGUGCUACUAAAGGAAUCCGAGAUGUAGAUGAAGAUUGUUUAUAUUUGAAUAUUUUUACUCCAUCAAUUGAUUCUGGUUUAGCUCAACCAUACGCAGUUAUGUUCUAUAUUCAUGGUGGAGAAUUUUCUCAUGGAGCUAGCAAUUUAUUUCCAGCUCAUAUAUUAGCUGCAUUUUAUAAUGUAGUAGUUGUUUCUAUUAACUAUCGAUUGGGAGUUUUAGGAUUUUUAAGUACAGGAGAUGAAAAUAGUCCUGGAAAUUAUGGAAUUUUGGAUCAAGCUAUGGCAUUAAGAUGGGUAUAUGAUAAUAUCAAAGCUUUUAAUGGUAACCCUGAUGCAAUAACUCUUUUUGGACCUGGUGCUGGAGCUGUAAGUGCAGGCUUAUUAAUGGUUGCACCCAAAACUAGAGAAAUGGUAUCAAAAGUAAUAGCUCAAUCAGGUUCUGCAUUAGCAGACUGGGGAGUUAUAAUAGAUAAAUAUAGGGCACAAAAUACAUCCAGAGUAUAUGCAGAAAUGUUAGGCUGCAGCAUAGAAAGCAGUUGGAAAUUGGUGCAAUGCUUGAAAAAUGGUAGAUCCUUUUUUGAAUUGGGUAAUUCUGAAUUGAAGCCACAUAUUGGAAUGUUUCCAUGGGCACCAGUAUUGGAUACUAAUUUUACAAUACCUGAUAAUUGGUAUGAAGAUUGGAGAGCAUCAGAUUGGCGUUUUUUUAUGGAAACACCUGAAGAAAGUAUAAAGAAUCAUAGGUUUAGAAAUAAUUUAGCAUAUAUGGCUGGUGUAACUACUCAGGAAGCAGCAUAUCUUAUAUAUAACAAUGUCACAUUGGCCAGAAAUCAAUAUAUUAUAGAUAUAGAAUUAUUCGAACAAAAAAUCUGGGAACUUGUUCUACAAUAUAAUUAUACUCUAAAUUCUCAAGGAGUUUAUGAAGCUAUAAAAUAUAUGUAUACAUAUUGGCCAGAUCCAAAAAAUAUUACACAUAUUCGUGAUCAAUAUAUUAAUCUUUUAUCUGACUUUCAUUAUGUUGCUCCAUUUGAUAAAAUGGCGAAAUUGUUAAUAGAAAAACACGUACCUACAUAUUUAUAUGUAUUAAAUACAACAGUGGAAGCAUUAAGAUUACCACAGUGGCGAAGUGUUCCUCACGAUACUGAACUUCUUUGGCUAACAGGAGCGCCGUUUAUGGAUGUUGAAUUUUUCCCUCAGAAGUGGAAUUUAAAGAGAGAUAUGUGGACAGACAAUGAUCGGAAUAUGAGUCAUUUUUUUAUGCAGACAUAUUCAAAUUUUGCAAAGUAUGGAAAUCCAACACCAUCGCAAAUUUUAGGAUUACAUUUUGAUGUUGCUAAGCCUGGUCAAUUACGAUAUUUAAAUAUCAAUACUACUUUUAAUAGUUCAAUUUUAUUGAACUAUAGACAAACUGAAAGUGCCUUUUGGUCUAUAUAUUUACCAACUGUUAUCGGUCGUUUAGUACCUACAUAUCCUCCAGUUACUGAAUAUUGGUGGGAACCAAAACAACCAUUGCAAAUUGCUUUUUGGUCAGUUUCCACUGCCUGUCUGUUAUUAAUCGUGCUUUCCGUAGUAUGUUGUAUGCUUUGGCGCAAUGCCAAAAGACAAUCUGACCACUACUAUAGCGGAGACAUCCUGAUGGUACGAGACGAUGAACCUUCGGAGGGAAUCGAGAAUAUAACUCGUACUUCAAAGGAAAAUAUUCAUGAAUAUCGUGAUAUGCCACCAAUCAAAUCUAGAAUACCGCGACAAAAUGAAAUAAAGCUUCAAGAACGAUUAGCACAUAAUCGAAAAUUCAGUUCGACUCCAUCGCUAAGAAGUAAUUCUAAUACUUCAUUGAAAGAUAUGCGUUCGGAAGGAUUUGUUACCAGUUCACCGAAUGGACAACCUAAAUUAAGCAAAGCUAUGAGUCAGUCUUCGUUACCCAAAAGUAAAAGCAAGACACAUUUAGUUCAAGGUAUCCCGCAAACAGCUGUAUAAUAUAUUUUUAAAAUAUUUUUUAUUACAGCUGUUUUAUUUAUUUUUCUAAAAAAAACUAUAACAAAUAAAAAUUAAAAACAAUAUGUGUUCAUGUAUAUACAAAAUGUUUUUUAAUAUUACCAUUUAUGAAAUAUUAAAAAACACUUUGUACAUAGAAAACUUGAAAGAUUGUCAUAUUAAUGAUUUAAGAUAAUGUUAUAAGAUUUUGCUAAACAUUUCAUCCGUCCAUAAUAAUAUUAAUAUAUUAAUAUAAUACUGUAUAUAUUGAUAGACAUGUUUUAUACUUUUUUAUGUUCAUUUUUAUCAUUACAAAAUAAUAUUAUUUCUUGUUAGGCCUUAUUGUUAUUGAAAGAUAAUUUAAUUCAAAAGAAUAUAUCUAUAUAUAUCAUAAUAGAUAUGAAAUUAUAGAAUACAUAUGCCACACAAUAUAGUAAUAUGUAUUAUGUAAUAAUAAAUAUUAAUAUAAUUAAAUUAAGAUAAAUUUAAUAAUUGUAUAAGUUUAAAAAGUAAAAUAUUUUGUUCUUUUUAUUACAAAAAUGAUAAGUAUAAUAUAUAUUAAUAAUAUAUAUAUAUAUAUAUUUAUAUGUACACUCUUAUACAUGUUUAUAGUAUUACUAGAAGUCAUAUGUAAUUUUUUAAAUCGAUCUCAUUAUUACCGCCGUUAAAUUUCGAUAUUAUAAAACUUUUAACAUAUUCUUAAUAUUCUACUAUAUCCAAUUAUAGAGAUAUAUGUUGAUAUAUAUAUAUUUAUAUAAAUAUAUAUAUGAAGAUAUAUUUAUAUAUAUUUAAAUCUAUAAGAUUUUUAUUUUCUAUGAGAAAUGUUAUUAAUAUGUACAAUUAUGAUCGCAUUUAAAUUAAAAAGUAUUUAAUUGCAUAUUAUUUUUAAAAAUAUCAUAUAUAGUUAGAUUAAUAUUUUUCCAAAUACAAAUACAAACAAUGUUCGAAUUUUUAAUAAUUAAAGUUAAAAUGCAGCAACAUUCAUGUCAUACAUUUUAUUCUCCAGAUAUUAAAAAUGUCUAUUAUAUAAUUCUACAAAUCAUGAUAACCAUAAAUAAUAUUCUAAUGUUUAAUGAAAGAUAAAAAAACAUGGGACCAAAACGUGUAACCGAACCAAAAGUAAGAUUUAAAGAAUAAAAAAUAUUUGUAUUCCUUUUUCUGUAACAUAAAUUAAAAUAAAUUUUUUAUAAAUA